CCCAGAGCACCCGCACCCACUUUUAACUACGGAGCCAUUACGUUUAUUAAGGGGAGUGGUUGUUGUUUACUGACGUGUAGGGACAUUCUUUACGCGCACAUCUGCGUAUUUUACAACUUUAAAUGCCUCUCCAAUUAGUAGGCUAAUAGUGAGAUGACAGCUAAGGCUGAGGGGGAUAGUGGCAUUUGAUAUGGGUAGCCUCUAGAGAGGCUGAAACAGCGACGACUAUGGAGGAUCCGACUCGGAUUGUGAGAGAUCAACCUACUUCAGACCCGAGCGUUUCGCCCGAUGUGGCCUUGCUGAAGAACAGGGACUAUCAGCACAAGGUGUUCGUCAAUAGAAGUGUAACAUUGGAGAACAUCAAAUGCUAUGGCUUUGACAUGGACUACACGCUGGCAGCGUACAAGUCUCCUGACUAUGAGGAUCUAGGCUUUGAGCUGCUCCGAGACAGGCUGGUGUCUAUAGGCUAUCCCCAUGAGCUACUGCGUUACAACUACGACCCCACCUUCCCCACUCGUGGCCUGGUAUUUGACACAAUGUAUGGCAACUUGCUGAAGGUGGACUCCAAUGGAAAAAUUCUGCUGUGCAGUCAUGGCUUCACCUUUCUAAAAAGGGACAAGAUCCACGACUACUACCCCAACAACUUCAUUCAGAGAGGCAACACUGACCGCUUUUAUAUCCUCAACACUCUCUUUAACCUUUCAGAGACAUAUCUGUAUGGCUGCCUUGUGGACCUCUUCACCAGAUGUAGCAGAUAUGUAAACUGCCAGAAAGGCUUCAAACAUGGUGACUUGUUCAUGUCAUUCAGAAGCAUGUUCCAGGAUGUUCGAGAUGCAAUGGACUUUGUUCAUGAUACGGGCACUCUGAAGGAAAGCACUCUGAAGAAUUUGGAUAAAUAUGUCGUCAGAGAUCCAAACUUGCCUGUUCUCCUGACUCGCAUUAAGGAGGUGGCCAAAGUGUUCCUGGCAACCAACAGUGACUACAACUACACGGAGGCUAUCAUGAAAUACUUGCUUGAAACUCCACCAGGUGCCAAGUACCCAAAGAAACCGUGGCGUGCAUUCUUUGACCUUGUCGUCGUGGAUACCAGGAAGCCACAGUUCUUUGCAGAGGGAACUGUGCUGAGACAGGUAGACACGAACACAGGGAAGCUCCGCAUCGGAACAUACACUGGAGACCUCCAGCAUGGAACGGUCUACUCUGGAGGCUCCUCAGACAUUGUGUGUGACUUGCUGGACGUGAAGGGGAAGGACAUCCUCUAUGUGGGGGACCACAUCUUUGGGGACAUCCUGAAGUCUAAGAAGAGGCAAGGUUGGAAGACCUUCUUGGUAGUGCCUGAGCUGGCCAAGGAGUUGCAGGUGUGGACAGAGAAGAGCCAUCUCUUUGAAGAGCUGAAGCGUCUUGAUGUGUAUUUAGCUGAGUUGUACAAGCACCUGGACAGUAGCUGUCGAGAUCGUCCAGACAUCAGUGCCAUUCAGACCAGGAUGAAGGUGGUGAUUUAUAGGAUGGAUCUUUCCUACGGCCAGAUGGGCAGCCUUCUGCGAAGUGGCUCCAGACAGACUCUGUUCGCCAGCCAGCUCAUGCGUUACGCUGACCUGUACUCUUCCACCUGCAUUAACCUGCUCCACUACCCCUUCAGUUACCUGUUCAGGGCCCAACCUGUCCUGAUGCCCCAUGAGUCCUUGGUGGAUCAUCACCCCCUUAACUUCCCCUCACCUGAGUUCUCCGCUCUGGAUCAUGUCCAGAAGAUAGCUGAAGCCAAGAGGGCGAGUGAACAAGAUAACACAGCAGAACUGAAAGACAUGUGAGGAUGUAUUUACCAAAACAAUUAUUCUGUUAUUCCGACUGUUCCUCCAUAUCUCAAAAAAGGUGGCUGUGUGUUUGUUUUGACUGGCAAUUAAUUCCAUCUUCUUUUUUAUUUAUAAACUGGGUGGUUUGAGCCCUGAAUUAUGAUUGGCUGAAAGCCAUGGUAUAUCAGACCGUAUACCACGAG